CUGUUUUUCUUUAUUUUAAAAACCGUGCGAUUCAAUCCAUAAUCUCUUUCCAAAGUUUUAGAAGUUUUAAUUUUAAUAAUAAUAUUCGGGUUUUAGUGAUUUAAACCCCAAACUAUUUUUAGAUCGGAAGACAAAUCUUCAGUAAAACUUUAUGUUUUUAAUAUGGUUUUUAGUGAUUUAAAUCUCUAACUAUUUUUAAAUCGGAUGGAAAACCUCCAACUAAAAUUUUAUGUUUUAAACCCUCAACUAUUAAACCGUUAAUAUCGUUAACCUUACGUUAACAAAGUCGUCACAUACCCCUUAAAUUGAAACGCAGUGUUUCAUAUAAUCACAUAAACGACACGAGAUCCUUAUAAUCAACGUAUAUUUUAGUGAUUUACAUCCCCAACUAUUUUUAAUUCGGAUGGAAAACCUUCAAUUAAAACUUUAUAUUUUUAAACCCUCAACUAUCAAAUCUUUAAUGCAUUUAACCCUCCAUAAACAAAAUCGUCUUUUCUGAACAUGACCUAUUAAAUUGGAACGCAACGUUUCAUUUAAUGACAUAAACCACAUGAAAUUCUUAAUUUCUCUCUCAUGUUGUUUCUAAUACUAUUUUUCUCAUGCUCAUAUAUUUAUCAGGAAGGUGAAUUUUGGAAUGCUAAGUAAUCUAGGUUAUCCAUCUCUUCGCACUCAAAAUUUUAAAAUUUAUGAAAAAGGUGAAUAGGAGAGAAAACAAAAUUAGGAUUAGAAACAAGAGAGCUUUUUAACUUAUCUCAUCUUCGAUAGUUCUUGAAAAGAAAGAAACCUAUUUUUUUUAUUUAUGGAUGAAUCAUGAUUGUCCACGCUCAUUGAUAAAAGGAUUUUUAAGCAUCUUGUGCUGUUUUUUUUGAUUAAAUGAAACGUUGCGUUUCAAUUUGACGGGUUCCAGUUCAACAAAAUGACUUUGUUUACGGAGGGUUAAAGACAAUAAAGGUUUAAUAGUUGAAGGUUUAAAAACAUAAAGUUUUAGUUGAGGAUUUUUUAUCCGAUUUAAAAAUAGUUGGGAUUUAAAUCACUAAAAUUUAUGUUGAUUGUAAGCAUCUCGUAUCGUUUCUGUGAUUAUACAAAACUCAGCGUUUUAAUUUAAUGGAUCUUUGUUCAGAAAAUACGAUUUUGUUAAUAGAGAAUUAGCGGCAGCGGUUUAUUAGUUUAGAGUUUAAAAACAUAAAAUUUUAGUCGGAGGUUUUCCAUCCGAUUUAAAAAUAGUUGAAUGUUUAAAUCAUUAAAAACUCUUUUUAAUACAAUUAUUACUAUACUAACUGUAUUAAAAACAUAAAGUUUUAGAUGUAAUUUUUUCUUCUAAUCUAAAAAUAGCUUGGGGUUUAAAUCACUAAAAACCCAUAAUAUUCUGCAUCAAAUAAAGUUUGACAACAAAUCAACCAUUUUUCACUACAGUUAUUAUUAGACCACAAAGUACUGAUUAUAUUUGCUUCUUUUUUUCCUUUAUCUAUUUCUGGCAUGUGCGUCCCAUAUUUAUCUAACUGGUAGUUUGCUACAACAAAAGUUACCAGAAAUGAAAAAAAAAGAAGUUUUUUUUUUGCUAAAUGAAACAAAAGAAAAAGAGAGCUGAGUAUUCCAAACAAACCAGUUACCAGAAAAUUUGGUAUGAGGUUCAUUCGUACGGAGCAACAUAAAUCAUUUCCAAAUAAAUGAGUGCUUAUAUAUUUUUUUUUCUUGUCAGUUAUGCUGAGAACUUGUCUGGCCAAACAUGUGGAGAUGGAGAGCUUUUAGAGAAAUUUAUAUUGCAUCCGAUGGAAAAAUGUUGAGAACAAAAUUCUAGAAGUCAUCAAUCCAGAAAAAAAAAGAAGUCAAUACCCAAACCUUCGGUGAUAGCACAUAUUCCUUUAGUUUUUUGUUCAAAGCCCAUAUUCCUUAAGUUGGCCCAUUGUAAAUCAAGAAUCUUUAUGUAUGAUAGAGAAAAUAAAUGCUUAUUUUUUGAACACCGAGAAAAUAAAUGCUUAAUAAUAGAUUGUCAAACAGAAAUAAUAAUGUAAAGGUUUUGUGUGUGUUGACUUUGAGAUUAUAGACGUAUCUCUCCUAGUCUUCGUUACCAUUUUAUAGGUCCGUGCUACGCAUGGAUUAUGCAUUUUAAAUUCUCCUGAUUAUUUCAUUUGUAUACUUUUAAUAAUUUAAAUAAUGUGGUUAUUUUAUGAUCAAAUUUUAAUUUACUUUAAACUAUUAUAUAAUUUAUAUUUAUGGUAUAGUGCAUGUAUUGGUGCUACGACUGUGAUUUAUGUAUAUACUGCAAAGUUUUUCACGGAAAGCUUUCUUGGGAGAUAGUAGAGGAACUUGCAAAAAGAAUAUGUGAGUUGCCUUUUGAUGUGAUAAAGUUUUCUUGAGAGAUAGCAGGGAAAUUUGUAAGAGAAUAUGUGAGUUACCUUUUGAUGAUGGUAAUUGGUAAAGUUUCUCCGUUGUCUAUAGCUUACAGCUUAUUAUGAUAGUGACGGUGAAAAGUUAAAAAGUUAGUUUAUGAAAGAAAGUUUGUAUUCAUUCCUCUUCAGGUGUGACAGAAUCUGACAAGGCUUUGUGCUUAUUUUGAUAUUUUAAGUUUCUCGAAGCUGUAUGAAUGAUCUUUACUUUUUGGCUAUUGAAAGAUUUUGUAAAAAUGGUUGGUUUCUCUUGUGUGACUUAACCUGCUCUGAUGCAGCAAGACAGAUCUUGCAAUCUCCCUUUUUUCCUGCUGAAAUUAAAAUGGCUAUGUUUAAGUUGAAUCCCAACAAGGUGCCUGGGUUAAACUCUAGGUUUUUCCUGUUACAUGGGAUGUAUUGGGUGAUGAGGUCGCUGAAGGUAUUUUGAUUUUUUUUUCACCAUAGGAUUCAUGUCUUCCUCCACGUAUGCCACAAUCCUAUUUCUAGUGCCAAAAUUCCCUGGAGCAAAUGUAAUCUCAGACUUCAUGCCUAUAGCGCUUGAAUAAGCUCUACAAAGUUAUUUCCCAUCUGUUGAUUAAACGCCUGAAGACAAUUCUUCAUUCGCUGAGAAGACCAAACCAAACAGCUUUUGUACAAGGAAGACUUCUUCUAGAAAACACUCUUUUAGCAUCUGAGAUUGUCAAUGGCUACCAUCUCAACAAAGACCCUAAACGAAAUUUUAAAAUUGAUAUCGCAGAAGCAUUUGUUUGCAUUAACUAGGAGUUUCUCUACUCUUGCCUACGGGACCUGAAAUUUUUUCGAGAUGGAUCAUAGCAUGUUGUCUACGCCUACCUUUACUAUAGGGUACAAUGGUUGUGUUCAUGGUUACUUCAAGGGAAGAAAGGUCUCCGGCAGGGUAAUCAUUUAUCCCUUUAUCUAUUUGUAAUGGUCAUCAAUAUUCUUUCCCUAAUUCUAGACAAGGCGGCAGCAGAUGGUUCAUUCUCCUAUCACUACCAUUGUGAAAAAACGAAGUUAACGCACCUGAGUUUUACAGAUGAUCUUUCUAAACGGCUCCCUCUCCUCGGUUCAGGCAGUCCUCUCAAGUUUUUCGUGAAUUUGAUACACUUUUAGGCCUCUCUAUAAGUCGCUCUAAAUCAUCCUUCUAUUCUGCUGGCCUGUCACAGGAAGAAAUAGAUCGGAUUAGCUUCUCGACGGGGUUAUCUCAUGGAAUUUUCCAUGUUCGUUAUUCUUUGUACGAAAAAAGCUUACCUUGGCAAACUGUGAGUCUCUUCUCCACAGAAUCAAAGCUAAGAUCAAUUGCUGGUCAGUUAAAUCAUUCACUGGAAGGCUGGAUACUGUAAUUGCGUGUCUCCUGAAUUUAUGAACUUCAACGUUUGUCUUGCCAAAGAAAUGUAUUGGAAAAAUAAGAUUGAUGUGCUCAAAUUUCUUAUGGAAAGGCACUCCUGAAGGUAAUAUCUAUGCAAGAGUAAGUUGGGAGACAGUCAGUAAACCUAAAACUGAGGGUGGGUUAGGCCUAAAAGACAUCGGCUCCUGGAACACAACUUGUCUCAUUAAGCUGAUUUGGCUACUCUUUUCGCAUUUGCAGUCAGGAUCCAUAUGGGUCGCCUGAUUUCGUGAGAAAGUUAUUAAGGAGAACUUAUAACUUAUGGAGCCUUAAAAGAGGCAUCAAUUCUCAUGGCUUGCCAACAAGCUUCUGAAACAGAAAGAUACGGUUUUUGAAUGGAUCAAGCUAAGAAAUUCAUGUUGAUUUUGGUGGGAUAACUGGUCUCCAUAUGCCCGUCUACUAACCUUCCUGGAAACUCCUUCAGCAUCUCGAUUCGGAAUUCCACUGAACAUUACUCCCGACAAACUGAACAUAAAUGGAAGUUGGUUGCUUCCUCCUGCCAAAACAGAUAAUCUUCUUCAAGUUUAGGCUUUCCUCACCACCAUUAAUUUGUUGACUGAAAUAUAUACUUACUAUUGGGAGAUUGAUGAAUUACCUAUUCAUCGAUAUCACACGGGCCAAAUUUAUGAUCACCUUUGCCCAAGAUCAAGUAUUGUCCCAUGGGUUGACAUUAUUCGGAUCAAGAAAGGAACCCCUACACAUAGUUUCAUACUUUCAUCUGUUGGCUGUUCCACCUGUACCGUUUUCCUACAAAGGACCACAUCAUUAGUUGGGGAAUUCCCACAGACCCGUGUUGUCUACUCUGACAAACAGGCCAUGAAACAAGAUAUCACCUUUUAUACUUUUGUGUCUGUGUGUUUUUGCUUCUAUGUAUUUUGUUAUUUUCUGAAAAUUUCAGUUUUAUUUACAGCAGGUUGAUAUUGUUUUCCAAGUUUGCUUUACAAUCUCUGGCAUGGACGUUUUGGCCAUGACUGACGACAAUGCAACCAAUCCAUUUGGAUUGAAUCCAUAUACAAGUGUGUUGGGUGGUUAUCAUGUUUGUGUGAUAACUUUCCAAUGUGGAAACAACGUCUACCAAAAAAGCCUCAAUAUAUGCAAAAAGAAGAUUUCGAGAUGGAAGAAAGAAGUUUGUUGUUGACCAAAGAAAAACUUUUUAGCAUUUAUAUUUUGAUACAAUAUAUUUGGUAUCAAAAUAUAUUACUGAAAUUAUGGAAUGCAUUACGAAGAAGGCAACAAUACAAAGUGGAAUAUUUUUCUUUGUUAUAUAUUGCAAUAUUCGUAUAAUCGUUAAAAUUGGGUCUAUCCAAUUUUUAAUUUUUAUGGUUGAAUCAAUAUAGUAGAUUCAUACCAAAGAAUAUCUAUAGAUCUAAGUUGGAAAAAGGCAAUGUAAUACAAGAAAGAGAAUUGGGUUCUACGGAUCAGAGCCGGCCCUUGAACCAAGCUAAUGAAGUCCAUGCUUGCGGCCGAUUUAUUUAUGAAAAUAUUUCGCCCACAAAACUGUCAAAAGAUGUCUUAGCCUAGUGGUAUGUAGUUAGACAUGUAAUUUUUGUUUAAACGGCCCGAGUUUGAAACUCAUCUGAUACAAAAAUCAUAUGUCUAGUUAUAUGCCCACAAUUUUUUGUUUCUGCUUCCAGCCCUUUAAAACCUAGGACCGGCCUUCUCAACUAAUUUCAUUUGGUUUAUUGUUUUUUUCAUCAUUUUUUGUUUAUCAUGUGUUGUUGUUGUUUUUAUUAUUGUGUAUGUAUUGUAUAACUUGUUUACUAUCUAAUUAAUAAAAGUUGUUAAAAAUAAUAAUAUGUAUGUAGUAUUAUCGUGUCUCGGUAUGCUAUUAUAUUCAUGUCAAAACGAACUCCCAAAAAGUGAAAACGCUUACAUAUAUGUUAUCGGAUUUUAGAAAAUUCAAGAGCAUUAAUAAUUUGAUUCUUAAUAAUGAGUAAAAAAAACCUACAACUUGGUAUCUAGUGUGAUUAAGAUACGUAUUAGGAACGACAACGUCCAAGUUUGAAAAGUAUGCACUACGAUCCAACUGAUCUUUGGUCAUUGGAUUAGAAUAUCAAAUAUAGCCUCUCGUUUUAUACAAAUACACGUACAUGUGGAUAACACAAAAACAAGAACAAGAGAGGAACCACACAUAAUUAGAAAUUGCAACUAGUUUAAGUCAAUGUGUAUAAUUAUUCUUUUAGUCAUGUAUUGCCAUUUCCCAAUUCCCAUGGGGGACGUGCAACGCGUUCCGUUGACUGACUUUGCCGUUAACAAAAAGUCAUCCCUCUUAUCUCUAUGAAACUCUAAGUUGUGUUUAACAAUCUCAUUUUAAGAUAGAAAUCAGAAAACACACAAAAAAAAAGAACGAUGGGAAAGCCAACAGCACAGAACAAUAACUUUAUAAACCACUUCAGCCACCCACACCCCCUUCAGUUAAUCCCGCCGACAUCAUCACCACCGUGCUCCGCUUGCAAACUUGCCGGAGGAAACGGCCGGGUUUACUCAUGCAGGCCAUGCAACUUCUCUCUCCAUGAGUCAUGCAGCAAGAUAAAGCAGGUAAUCACCCAUCCCUCUCACCCUUCUCAUACGCUUACCCUUCUGGUGGCUCCCGUCUAUGAUGGUGGAUACUUCAACUGCGAUGGAUGUGGCGUCAACGGAACUGGUUUUAGCUACCAGUGCUCUCUUUGCGACUUUGACAUCCACGCGCUUUGCGCUUACAAGCCGCUCUCGAUCGUCCACAAUUCUCAUCCGCAACAUACCCUUAAACUCGCGUUUCAUUCUCCCUACGGUGCCAACAAGGGAUUCUCCUGCGACAUAUGCCUUAAGAUUGGGAAGAACCAAUGGCUCUAUCGAUGCGUCCCUUGCGAAUUCGACGGUCAUGUCGGUUGCAUCAAUGCUCACCAUCCACACCUCCUUCAACAUAGUAGUUCUGCACCUACUCCUCUUGCUCAUCAUGCCGGUCACCCCAAUAAUAGGCCCAGACCAGGGCACAUGAAUAGGCUUAAUAGGCCUGAGAAUAAUCCUACCAGGCCUGUUGGUAAUCCCAAUAGACCUAUAGGUCAAAACGCUGCUGUCUAUGGACCAAGAAGACAGAACAACAACUUGGGUUGUAAUGGUCCGAUUGGGCCUAUUACACAGAGUUUUGACCAAGGUUCAAUGGAAGGGAGUGUCUUCGAUGGUAGUGCAGUGAACGAAGAGUUUGAUGGUGAAGUCGAUGUUGAGAUUGAUUAUGAAGCUAAUGGCUAUGAAGGUACUGAAGAUGGAGAGCCUUAUGACGGGGAACAAGACGUUGAUGGUAACGGCCUUGAAAUUAUGGCUAAUGGUGGUGAUGCCAAUGACGUUGCGUAUAGCGAGAGUGAAUUUGGUGGUAGCAGUGAUGCUCGUAGCCAGUCUAAUGACCUGUCUGACCAGGCUGAUCUUUACCCACUUUCAGUUCGUACAAACUUUGGGCCGGGUGGUGGUAGGAAGCAAAACUCGAGUCCUAAUAGUCCCGCCCCAGCCCGGUCGAAGAAUAUAGGCCGUAACGGGCGUGGAGGUAGUAGGCUUCAAGGGUCCAAGAAUCCAAUCGAAAAUCCUAGAGGGCCUCAAACUAAAAGGUUGCAGAAUGUACGAAAUAAUGCAAUAAGAGCCGGGGGACCUGGUGGUUUUAAUAGGCCUCGUGAUCUAACUGCAUUCAAUGGACCUCAAGGAUUUAAUGGACCUAGUGGUGGGCCCUCUAAUGUAAUUGACAAUGGUGGCAACAACGAAGUCGAUGGAAAUGAGAUGUAUGCUGGUGAAUAUGGUGCGACUUAUGGUGACGAAGGUGAUUGUGACUUCGAAGCUGGAGGUGACUUUGUCGACGAUGGAUGUGAUCAAGCAUAUGAUGAAGAUGAUUUUGAAUGCUACACUGAUAUCACCGGAGGAAGUGAGUCUAUGUAUAACGAGGAUGAGUCUUAUGAGACUAUGGAUGAUUCACAAUAUAAUGAUGAACCCAAUAACCAGUAUUUAUCCAUGGUUGAACCGGUUGGUGGACCGGGAAUGAAUAACCAGAACCAAUAUGGUCAGACCAAUAGGCCGAGAAGAAUGGGCAGGUAUGGGCGUGGUGGUACUAAAAAUAUGAACAGAUAUGGAAACAUGAAUCAAGGAACAAAUAGUACUCAGCCAAGAACUAUGGGUAGAUCAGUCCAACGUAGGCCGAACGGAGGACAAUAUAGGGCCAACGGACGACCUAAUGGACCUAGCGGAAACACAAUGAUGAAUUCAAUGGUGCAGGGUUUGUGCCAAGGCUUGGCAAUGAAUAUGCUCGCCGGCGAUGGUAGUGACGUUAACAGUGGAGCAGGUGACAGCGGUGGAUCAUCCAUCUUCGGAGGCUUGCUUGGUGGUGAAUCAGAAUUUUGAUUCUGAAGGAGAUGGAGAAUGUUAUUGGACUUUAAAAAAAAUCAGAAUUAAGUUUUCUCUUUAUAUAUUUUGCAAAUUCGUAUUGGUGUUUUCUGGUUUUGACUUCAUCUUUUUAUUUUUCUCAACGUAUUUGGAAAAACUGUUAUAUCCUUAUCUUUUUUUUUUUUUUUGAAACACAUUAUAUCCUUCUCUUGUAUUCUUUUUUUCUUCUUGUAUUCUGAAAUGUAAUAUUUUGUUUAUCGAUAAAAAGAAUGGUUGCGAGUCUUGUGACAAACAAAUCCAAUGAAUUGUUUAAACGGUCCAAACGAGGGAUCUGAGAGACUUCUAUCUGUCUCUCUAGAUCCUUUUUUCGUCAUCCAGCAGUCCCUCCUUAGAGACUCAAGCUGGCUGCAUAUUCUCGUGUGGGAUUGUUUGGGCUAACUACAAAGGCGAGUAAUGAUGCGGAUGGUGAUUUCGCCCAUUGCGUUUUCUCCACACCCAAUAAUAGAUUGUGUCUUGGAAGACCAACUUCACUAGAGCAGAGUCCGGCCCCAGCAUUCUUUUGCUGCCAAAAAAGUUUGUCCGCGCGAUAGGAGCUGUGUGAGUAAGUUCAUGCGAAGAAGAGAUACGGAUUUCAUCUGGUUUUCCACGUAGGUUGCAUGGUUGAUAAAUUCCCCACUGACUUGUACACACAGAGCCGGUUCUAGGUUUCUACCCACCAGAAGCAAAAAAAAAAAAAAAAGUGGCCACUGUUUUAAGAA